AUGCGUCAUCCCAUAAAGAAGAUGAAAAUCAAGAUGAGCUGGAAAGUGUCAGAAGAAUCUGUAGAAGAAGAUGUGUGUAUACAUCCUGGUUCAUUUGGAGACAUGUGUAUACGUUAUGGGCAAAAGUUGGAUAGUGAAUCUGGUGUGACAUUUGGCUACAUACACAAGGGACUGAGACUUCAUGAUCAGGAGAUAUCUAGACUGCGCAAUACAGAUGCGAAUAAUCUGCGUAAUCGUAGAAAGCUGUACUUGAUCCUCGAUUUAGAUCACACUCUGUUAAAUUUCACUCAUCUUGCUCAUUUAAACUCUGAAGAGUUGCAUUUAAUUUCCAGGCAGAUUCUGUUGGACGUAUAUGUCAUUCGAUGUGUUUCCAAGAGUAGCCUUUUCAAAUUAGACAAAAUGCAUAUGAUGACCAAGUUGAGGCCUUUUGUCUGCACAUUUUUAAGAGAAGCAAGUGAAAUGUUUGAGAUGUACAUAUACACCAUGGGUGAUCGACCCUAUGCAUUAGAGAUGGCUAAGCUGCUUGAUCCUCAAGGAGAAUACUUCAAUGCAAAGGUGAUUUCUCGAGAUGAUGGCACUCAAAAGCAUCAGAAGGGUCUUGAUAUUGUGUUGGGGCAAGAAAGUGCUGUUGUGAUUCUUGAUGAUACAGAACACAUAAGUGCAUUGACACUUGCAUGGGUGAAGCAUAAAGAUAAUUUGAUUCUGAUGGAAAGAUACCACAUUUUUGGUUCAAGUUGCCGGCAAUUUGGUUUCAAUUGCAAAUCUUUAGCUGAAUUGAAGAGUGACGAAGACGAAGCUGAAGGAGCACUCUCUAAAAUCCUUAAAGUUCUUAAGCAAGUCCAUUAUAAAUUCUUUGAUGAACUUAAAGCAGAUAUUGCUGAACGAGAUGUAAGGCAGAUUUUGAAAUCAGUUCGAAUGGAAGUGUUGAGCGGAUGCGUGAUUGUUUUCAGCCGUAUCUGCCAUGGAGCAUUACCAUCACUCCGGAAGAUGGCUGAGCAGUUGGGAGCCACUUGUUUAAUGGAACUUGACCCCUCCGUGACACAUGUGGUGGCUACUGAUGCCGGAACUGAAAAGGCCCGGUGGGCAGUGAAAGAGAAGAAGUUUUUUGUUCAUCGACAAUGGAUAGAGGCUGCAAAUUAUUUUUGGGAAAAGCAACGUGAAGAGAACUUCGUCCUCAAGAAAAAGCAGUAG